AUGACAACCUCUAGUGACAAUACUUUUAAAAAGCAACAAAUAAUUCUAUUUACUCAGGUGAAACCAAUAUGUACCUCACUUAUGCAGGCUAGAUUCCAAACACCUUUGAAUCUUCAAGAUAUUAUUCAAAAAAUUAUUUUACUACAUAAAACUAUUCAAAAUACACCUAAUUUUUUUAUAAUCAGUGAUUAUAAAUUAAUUGAAUACAUUACUCUUCCUUUGUUUGAGUUAUAUAGUGUAAAAGAAUUAUCAAAAUGUGAUAGGUUUCUUGAAGAGUAUUUAAAUUGCCUUUCUACUUUGUUAUUAUCUGGAUGGCAAAAAUUCAUAAAUUCUGACAAUUUUCUUCAACUUUUCAUUAUGUUUAUGAAAAUUAUUGAUGGAAUAUCUGAUGAAUCAAGUUCAACCAAUGAUGAAAAGCAACAACAGCAAUUACAACAGAUAAAUAUGAACAAGAAAAAUUCUGUCAAAAAUCAAAUGAUAUCAGAAAAUACUAAAUUAGCUUGUGUCAAAUAUUUGCUUGCUUUACUACCUAAGCCAUCAGAUCAAAACAAAUACAAAGUAAGUCAAGAAGAAUAUUUCAAAAUUCUACAAUAUAGAGAGUCAAUAUUAGAUGAUAUGAGAGGAAAAUCUGUGUUAAAUGCAUUAGUUGGUCGUUGUGUUUAUGUUUUGUUGGGAUAUGUUGUUGAGGAACGACUGCUUGAGUUGAGAGUGACAACACUUGAAACUAUAAAAAAUUUAAUCAUUUGUGUUAAUAAUCCAGCAAUUGUUGCUGUUUAUUUACCAGGAGUUGUUAGUAAAUUGAGUACUCUAAUAGUUAUUGAACAAAAAGAAAACCAUUUGUUGUUAGAAAAAGCUGUUGAAACACUAGCUGAAGUCAUUUCUAUUGUCAUGUUGGAUGAUGAUGCUAUCAAUAAGGGAUUGAUAUCUAAAAAUGAGUCAAUUAGUGAAUUGAAAAAAGUCAUAAUUAACGAGUACAAUCAAAAAAACAACAAUUCUCUUAAAACUGAGAAUUCAAAGAAAUUCGAUCAAUCAAAAACAUCAACAGCUGCUGAUAUUAAUACUAAUAUUAAUACCAAUGGUGGUGGUAGUAAUUUUAAUAAUGGUGGAUUUAUUUGUGUUGAAAGAAAUUUAUCUUGGUUGAAAGCUACUAAAUCACAAAUUAAAAUAUCUAUUGCUAAUACUCUUACUAUUCGUAAUCAUCCAUCAUGGAAAUUGCGUUUAGCUUUUGUUAACUUUUCAUACAACUUACUUUCAAAAUGUUCAAAAACUUUGGAUGAUUGUGUUCCGUUGUUAGUUGAAACUUUGGUAACAUAUUUAAAUGAUGAGUAUGAACAGGUUUCAUGUCUUUGUCAAAUACAUUUGGCAACUCUUCACAAUGAUUCAAAAAUUAAAGAUUCUUUAAAACUUAUAAUGAAAGAAAGCUUUAACACUUGGCUUACUUCAUUGCCAAGAUAUUUAACUGGAUUGGAUGAAAAUGCAAAGUAUAAUGUAUUAUCUUUAUUAUCAGGAUUUAUUUUAUUUUUAGGAUCUGAUAUUCAAGGUGUACUCAAUUUGACCCUUGAAAGAAUAUCAGAUGGUCUGCUUAAAGCCUUAGAAUUUGACACCUGUAAUACCAACAUUAUAGAAGAUUUCAUAAAAUUUCAUCCACAAAUUUUGUUUAUUAUAAAUGAACUUUUACUUGGAUCUGCUGGGAUAAAUUUAAAAUCAAAUUUAAAUGAUUUGAUUGUGAUGACACCAGCAAACAAAUUAGAAGAAAUAAAAAAUCUAGUUAAAGCUGAUAAACAUGUUGAUCUUUUAAAAUCAAAGACAAAAAAUGAAAUAAUUCAAGAUUAUUUAUUAAGGAACAAUAGUAGUAAUGGUAAUAGCAGUGAAAUUUAUGAGCUUAGCAUUGAAUUCCAAAAUACAAUUAUCUUAAUCAACUGUAUGGUAUUAAAGGGAAUAGCAUAUAUAUCUCAAAUUAUGAAAAUAGAUUUUAGAUUUGAAUUAAUUGAUGCAUUAUAUUUGAUUUUAGAAAAAAUGGGAAACAAAAAUUUCAUGAUUCACGAUACAGCAGAAACAACCCUAUCAAAUGUUUCAAGUUGUUGUGGAUAUAAUUCCAAGAAAUCUUUGAUAUUUGAAAAUAUUGAUUAUCUUAUUAAUAUCAUAUCAAAAAAACUCAAUCAAAUCACAUUAAAUCCCCAAACACCACAAGUAUUAAUAGCUAUGUUAAAAAUAGUAGGAGCACCAUUGUUGGCUUAUUUGGAUGAUACUAUCGAGGAAAUUUUUGAUGCAUUGGAUAUGUUUCAUAUGAAUGAAUUAAUCUUGGGUCAAUUAUUGACAUCAUUAUAUACAAUUGUUUCCAUUAUAUCAGAUAAUGAAAAUGAAAAUUAUUUAAAGGAGGAAGGUGACAAGGAUAAAGAAAUAAAUGGCAAUAAUAAAAAUGACAAUCAUGAUGUAUCAUUUGAAAUUCAAGAAUUUAUAAAAAAUUAUAAUUUCUAUGAAAAAAAAGAAAAUUCUGCUACUAAAUCUCAAGAGAAUCUAACCCUUGAUGAGAUUGGUCGUUACUUUUUGGAACGUCAAAAGGAAAAAAAUGAUAAUGAUCUUGAGGGAGAAUCAGAAAGUGGUGGAUUGGAACAACUUGAGGAAAUCGUUAAACAAGAAGAAGAAAAUCUUAAGGACUCUCAUGACAACAAAAACAAUAAUGAUAGUG